AAGUGAUAUGAUUGAAUACGAAGAUUUCAAUUCUAACACUCCAAUGAAACGAAAUCAAAACCCUUCCCAAUGAGGAAACCCACAAUCCUACAUACCCUUUUUAAUUAAUAUUUUUUUCCUUCAACACACCAUUGACUUUCUAAAAAUAAUUCAUGGCAACCACCCCCAACGCCAACACCAACAAUAAUGGAAACGACGUCGUUACACUUCCUUGUGAUUACUGCAACCACCAGACAGCCGUCAUAUUCUGCCGUGCUGACUCAGCUAAGCUCUGUCUAUUCUGUGACCAACAUGUUCACGCCGCCAAUGCUCUUUCAGGCAAACACUCACGUUCCCAGAUCUGUGACGGCUGUCGGUCCGCUCCUGCCUCUGUCCUCUGUUCCACCGACAGCCUCGUACUCUGUCGGGACUGUGACUCGGAUGCCCAUGGCAACUGUGCUGCUGUGUCGGCUACACAUGACCGUACGCCUAUAAAUGGUUACACUGGCUGUCCAUCACCAUUGGAUCUUGCAUCCAACUGGGGUUUGGAUAUUUUGAUGAAGAAUCAAAAAAGGAAAAGACCCGUUAAGGAUUCGGGUCGGGUAGAUACGGGUAUUUGGGCAAACCCGUUUUCCGACCCGAAUUCUUGGAUGCAAGAUCUUAUGGUUGUCCCUGAAGAAGAAAUAUCAGAUUUUGAGGAAUCUGAUGAUAUGAAAAAGUUGACAUUGACUUGUAAUGUUGGGAAGCAAAAAAAUGUGAUUUUGAAACAGUUGAGUGAGAUUUAUAAUAGAAAUUUGUUGUUGGUUAAUGAUGAUGGUGGUGGUGGUGGAAGUGGGGUGAGUGAUGUGCCACGUCAGCAGGAGGAGGAUGAGGUGGAGGGGGAAAGGGUGGAGUAUAGACAUCAGCCUUUUACGACUCUUUUGAUGAUGCAAGGGCCGGUGGGGAUCGAGGCGGUGAAUGAUGGGAAUUUGGAGUAUAAUCCGGUUUGGGAGGCUAAGCCAAAAGAGCAUAGAGGGACUCAGAUAUGGGAUUUUAAUAUGGGCCGAUUGGCAAGACCAGAAGAAUCUGAUGCAGUAGACUCUGCAGGGUAUGGUACAAACAAUGAAGGAUUCAUGAUGAAAACAUUUAGUGAAAUUUUAAGUGAAGCAUCAAUGGCAAAUAAGACUGGGUUAGAAGAUAUAUACGGGUUAAAUUACUCCACUUCACAUACUGAUAUUACAGCUUUAAAUGUAAAUUUCAAAAUUCAGAACAACUCGAAUGACAGAAAAUCCACAUCAACUUUCGGAACAUCAAAUGGAUAUGGCGCAACUGAUAUCCAGUUCACAGAGCUAAAUGUUACGGCGGGUGAAAAACUGGCAACGCCAUCAACUAAAGCUGAUAUAGAACUUUUGGCAAAGAAUAGAGGUGAUGCAAUGCUGCGUUACAAGGAGAAGAAGAAAACACGAAGAUAUGACAAGCACAUUCGAUAUGAGUCGAGGAAAGCAAGAGCUGAUACUAGAAAGCGAGUGAAGGGUCGAUUUGUGAAGGCUAAUACCGAAGAUGGGGCAACUUGACAUGCUGUUCGGAGAAAGUGUUGUGUAUUUAUGUAGUUCAUUAAAAUGGUUAAAACAUUUAGGUGUAGAUGUUGUAGGUGUUUGGCAGAAAAAGUAGAGGUACGAGUGGAUUUAGAGGGGUCCUUGACCAUGUACUAAAUUGCAUUCUUUCGUUUCCUAAGAAAUGUAACAUUUUGCUUGUGAUUCUCGUAGCUACGGGUCAAUAUGAAGAAUUACGUCCUCAAAUUCGUGUCUAGUGAAAAUAAACAUCAAAUGGAAAUUAAUAUUGGUUUGGAACA